AUGAAGUUGAUGAAGGAGAAAGAUGACUAUAGUGGGAGGGGGAGUGGGUUUUCUCUAGAGUCGAUAGACGGCUUGUUGUUGGCGGUAUAUAAAUAUACACCGAUAGGUGGCUCGUCAUAUAUUGAGUUGCCAACGUAUAUCGACAGGAAACGGGGUACAAUAAAUCCACAAAACACAGACCAGGAAUGUUUUAAGUGGGCAAUUUUGGCGAAACAUGCUGCAAAUAUUGUAUCCGAUAAAUAUAAAUAUUGUGUAUCAGAAAAUUAUAGAAAGCACGCUGAUAAAUAUAAUUUUAAUGGACUCACCUUCACCACACCACUGUCCGAUAUUAAUAAAUUCGAAAAAAAUAACAACAAUGUCUCCAUUAACGUAUACGGACUAGAAAAAAAGUUUCAAAUACCGAAAUUGCCCAGGUAUGAAGUGUACCCGCUGCGAGUAGUCGAUGAGGAGAAACCGAACUUUGAUCUGUUGUUGGUGACGGACGACGACGAAAACUCGCACUAUGUGUAUAUUUCAAAUUUCUCCCGGCUCGUUAGACGUCAAAAAACAAAACAUGCAGAGAGAGUAGUGUUUUGCAAGAGGUUUUUCACGUCAUUCGAUGACAGGCGUCAUAAAUACAAGUUGAGCGGACAGGAGGCGCUGAAUCAACACAAGCUGAUUUGCGGAGAGCACACACCAAUUUUACCAGAGAUGCCAAAAGAGGGUGACUGUACUGAAUUCAAGGCGUGGAAUAAGACCCAGAGACACCCCAUAGUAAUUUAUGCAGAUUUUGAGACGAUAUUGACGAAGACUGAUGAGAAGAAAGGAGCCAAGACGAGGAUAUUACAUAGACAUGAGGCGAUGAGCUAUAGUCUCAUUGUGAAAGCGAGCGAUAACGUACCGCAGGAGUUAUUGGAGGAACAUGACAUACCAACAGAGUCAAUAUUAUACCGAGGAAACAAGAAUAAGACAGACGUGGCGAGACAUUUUGUUGAAACCGUUACUGAGAUGGCGAUAAAAAUUGAAAAAUUAUUGAAGACCAAUAAACCUAUAGUUUCCACGGAUAAACAACGGCAGUCACAUGAUUCAUGCAAUUUAUGUAAUUUAUGUAAGACUAACUUUACAUUCGACAACCAUAAGGUGGCAGAUCACUGUCAUCUCUCUGGAAAAUACCGGAAAGCUAUAUGUAACACGUGCAAUCUCAAGCUUCAAACACCAAACUUUAUACCUAUAUUUUUUCAUAACCUGUCCAACUAUGACGCGCAUCUAAUAGUUACAGAACUUGGCCAUGACACUCAAACUAUAAGAGUAAUACCUAACAGCGAGGAGAAAUUUAUAUCAUUUACGAAAUACGUCACAAACACCUUUUCAAUGCGAUUUAUAGACACGUUCAGGUUUAUGGCAUCAAAACUGUUGACUUUAGAUCUUGUGACACCAGGGCUUGAAAAUUUCCGAGAAACCGCGAAACAUUUUGUCGCCGGAGAUAUGCCGUUAGUGACUCGAAAGGGGGUGUACCCAUACGAGUACAUAGAUAGCUGGGAUCGAUUGGAUGAAGAACGAUUGCCGAGUAAGAGGAGUUUUUAUAGUUCAUUAAAAGAAGAACAUAUAGACGAGGAAGACUUUGAGCAUGCGAAGUUGGUUUGGAACCACUUUGGCUGUACGACGUUGGGCGAAUAUAGCGAUUUGUAUCUAAAAAUUGACGUGCUGCUGUUGGCUGAUGUGUUCGAAAACUUCCGCGACUUAUGUAUGAGGACAUGCAACUUGGACGCAGUCCACUAUUUCACCGCCCCAGGCUUAAGUUUCGAUGCGAUGCUGAAGUUGACGGGAGAAACUUUCACUUUUGACGGAUUAUGA